CUCAACUCAAGACUGCUACUACUAUUUUAUUACAUUUUCUUCCUCUCGUCUUCGUCAUCGUUGUCAUCAUCAUCAUCAUCUGCAAUAUAAAUAAAGUCAGAGAAACAGAUCGAUCCAUCCCUACUCUCUCUCUCUCUCUCUCUCUUUCUAGGGGAAGAUACAUACAGAAGACUCCAGAAUGGCUCUUCGAGCGGUGGCCGCCGGGAAAAUCCUAAGAGGCGGCCUAGGGUUAGGGUUUCAGAGCAUCAGGGGAUUGCAGACAUUCUCGCUUCCUGACCUGCCGUACGACUAUGGCGCUCUGGAGCCCGUCAUCAGCGCUGAGAUCAUGCAGCUCCACCACCAGAAGCACCACCAGGCCUACAUCACCAACUUCAACAAGGCCCUCGAGCAGCUCGACGCCGCCCUCGCCAAGGGCGACGCCGCCACCGUCGUCAAGCUGCAGUCCGCCAUCAAGUUCAACGGCGGAGGUCAUGUGAACCACUCAACUUUCUGGAAGAAUCUUGCUCCAGUUCGUGAAGGAGGUGGUGAGCCUCCAAAGGGGUCACUGGGUUGGGCCAUUGACACACAUUUUGGUUCUCUGGAAGUGUUGAUGCAGAAGAUGAAUGCUGAAGGUGCUGCUUUACAAGGCUCUGGAUGGGUGUGGCUUGGUGCUGAUAAAGAGCUUAAAAAGCUUGUGGUAGAGACCACUGCAAAUCAGGAUCCACUGGUAACUAAAGGGCCAUUAGUUCCUCUUAUUGGGAUAGAUGUCUGGGAGCAUGCAUACUACUUGCAGUACAAGAAUGUUAGACCAGAUUACCUGACGAACAUAUGGAAAGUUAUAAACUGGAAAUAUGCGAGUGAAGUGUAUGAAAAAGAGUGUGUUUGAAGGAACUCCUUGACAACGGGCUUCGAGGUGAUGUUGAUACUUGGGUUGAGUUGGGAAGAGAAUAAUAAUAAAAUGAGGUUAUACAGAUGUGGCGCCUCACGUUUUAGAUGCAGUCUUUGCUUCUUGAUGUCGUGUUUGCGAAGUGGCUGAACUUUCUAUAUGGCCGCUACUAUUAUUACAGAGCAGAGCUCACUUAUUUUAUAUUCCAACUUGAAAUUUCAUGCUUA